GUUUAGAAGAGUUCCGAUCAUCAAAUUGAAUUUUACGAAGUGAUCACUCCAAGCUUUUACUGCACACUACGUCACUACAACGACCACCCAAACUAAACAUAAACCAUCACUCACCUUUCUAUUCGAUCACAAACACAUCCACUCUCAACCAAUCAACCAAUCAAUCAGUAUCAUGAACCCAACAACACCAAUCAAACCUGUCGAAAUUAAAAAAAUAGCUUGUAUAGGAGCUGGUUAUGUCGGUGGUCCAACUUGUUCAGUAAUCGCCUACAAAUGUCCUCAUAUACAAGUUACGAUUGUGGAUGUAAAUCAUGAUCGAAUCAAUGCUUGGAAUUCAAAUCAAUUACCUAUCUUUGAACCUGGUCUAGAAGAAAUCGUAUUCGAAUGUAGAGGUCGAAAUUUGUUUUUUGAUACUGAUAUCGAUCGGGCUAUCAAAGAAGCCGAUUUGAUCUUUGUUUCGGUUAAUACUCCUACUAAACAAUCUGGUCUUGGUUCAGGUUCAGCCGCUGAUCUUAGUUAUGUAGAACUAUGUACAAGAAGAAUCGCAACGAUUUCAACCUCACCUAAAAUAGUAGUAGAGAAAUCAACUGUACCAUGUCGAACAGCAGAAUCGAUGAGAAAGAUAUUAGAAUCGAAUAUGAAUCCAGAUUUAAAUAUUACAUUUGAUAUUCUAUCUAAUCCUGAAUUUUUAGCUGAAGGUACUGCAGUUAAAGAUUUACUUAAUCCUGAUCGUGUUUUGAUUGGUUCUUUACAAACUCAGUCUGGUAAAAGAGCUCAAGCUUCUUUGGUUUCGGUUUAUGCUAAUUGGGUUCCUAUUGAAAAAUGUGUGACUACUGGUCUUUGGUCUUCUGAAUUAACAAAAUUGGCUGCUAAUGCAUUAUUAGCACAAAGAAUCUCAUCAAUCAAUUCACUUUCAGCUAUUUGUGAAGUCACAGGUGCAGAUAUAGAUGAAGUAGCUUAUGCUUGUGGUUUAGAUGAUCGGAUUGGAAAAAAGUUUUUAAAAGCUUCAGUGGGAUUCGGUGGUAGUUGUUUUCAAAAAGAUAUCCUUAAUUUGGUUUAUCUUUCGGAAUCACUUCAUCUUAAAGAUGUAGCUGAUUAUUGGCGUCAAGUAAUCUUAAUGAAUGAAUCACAAAAAGUUAGAUUUACAACUCGAGUAGUCAAAGAAUUGUUUAAUACGAUUAGAGGUAAAAAGAUUGCAAUUUUAGGUUUCGCAUUUAAAAAAGAUACAGGUGAUACUAGAUGUUCACCUGCAAUUACACUUGUACAACAUUUUAGAGCUGAAGGAGCUCAGAUUUCGAUUUAUGAUCCUAAAGUUAAUCAUCAUCAAUAUUGGAUUGAUUUAGUUGAUAAAAACGUAGCAGGUGAUGAACAACUAGCUAGGAAACAGAUUACGAUUUGUGAUUCGGCUUAUGAGGCUUGUGAAGGAGCAUCUGGAAUUGUAGUCACAACUGAAUGGGAUGAAUUUAAAAUAUUGGAUUGGAAAAAGAUAUAUAAUCAAGUAGAAAAACCGGCAAGUAUCUUUGAUGGUCGAAUUGUUUUAGAUGCUGAAAGGUUAAGAAAGAUUGGAUUUAAAGUUCAUGUGAUUGGUAAAGGAGAUGAACAAAGUGGUGAAAAGUAUUCAUAAACACUCAAACCAAAUCAAAAAUUCAAAAUCAUUAGAGUUUCCUAUUUUUUUUCUUCAUUUCAAGAGUGGUAUUUAUUUUUAUUUUUAUUUUUAUUUAUUUAUUUUAUUUGAAGUUUUUCUAUUUUGACAUUUAGUUUGGACAAUUUUUGAUAUUUUAAUUGAAAAUAAUAAUAAUAAUAAUAGAGAUAAGAAAUAUGUUUCUUAUAUGAAAAAAAAAGUUUUUGUUUCCCCAAAGAUUGAGGUUUGUUUUCAUUGCAAGAUUGUUUAUAAAAGAGACAUAAUUGUUCUUUUUGGUUUUUUUCUUUGUUGGGGGGGUUAAAGUUUUGUGUAGCUUUAUUUUGUUAACUUUUUUUUGGUGAUGAUUGAUUAUUUUUUGGUUUUUGAAUGGUCAUUGAGAAUAAGAAUGUGAAAGUUUAAUUGAAUUUG